CGGGCGGAUACAGCCCGCUGAAUCAAGAGUUUCUCCAGGCCACCAAUGAUGGCGAAACAGCUUGCGAGGUUUAUACUAGCUGUCAUGCAUAUAGCUUGAAAGGAAGUGGCCCAGAACGCCACAGGGGUCAGGAAGGAGGCCCAGGUGUCCCAGUAUCAGCCAUGAGUUUCAUGAAGACCUAUAAAGCGGAGGACAUGGCUCCCAACUGCUCCUCAUAUACCAUUCCUAAGCUUGCAUUUCGAAGGACGCCUGAGAAUGCAGUCAGUUAUGAUGAAGCUCAAAUUGUUGUUUGCAGCUGCGGCGCUGGUCUCCAACGUCCGUGCUGUGAGUGUCUCUGGAGCUGCAGAGGGCUUCGCCAAGGGGGUUACUGGAGGUGGCAGCGCAACACCUGUGUACCCUAGUACCACUGCUGAGCUGGUUUCUUACCUGGGAGACAGCUCGGCGCGUGUGAUCGUUCUCACCAAGACAUUUGACUUUACUGGGACUGAAGGCACUACCACAGGCACUGGAUGCGCACCGUGGGGGACUGCAUCUGCUUGUCAGGUGGCGAUCAACUUGAACAGUUGGUGCACGAACUAUCAGUCGAGUGCGCCGUCGGUUUCGGUCAGCUACGAUAACGCCGGUAUCCUCGGAAUCACCGUGAACUCGGACAAGACCUUGCUUGGUUCAGGUUCUAGUGGUGUUAUUAAAGGCAAGGGCCUGCGCAUUGUCAGUGGAGCAAACAAUAUUAUUAUCCAAAACGUCGCUAUCACGGAUAUUAACCCGAAGUAUGUGUGGGGCGGCGAUGCAAUCACUCUCAAUGACGCAGAUAUGGUGUGGAUUGAUCAUGUCACUACUGCUCGCAUUGGGCGUCAGCAUCUUGUCCUCGGAACCAGUGCUUCAAACCGGGUUACUAUCUCCAACUCAUACUUCAAUGGUGUCAGCUCAUACUCCGCUACCUGUGACGGAUACCACUAUUGGGGCAUCUACCUGGAUGGAUCGAGUGAUCUGGUCACCAUGAAAGGAAACUACAUCUACCGCAUGAGUGGCCGCAGCCCCAAGAUCCAGGGAAAUACCCUUCUCCAUGCGGUGAACAACUACUGGUAUGACUCGUCGGGCCAUGCCUUUGAGAUCGGAUCGGGUGGAUACGUUCUGGCCGAGGGCAACGUGUUCCAGAAUAUCCCUACUAUCGUGCAAUCCCCGGUGGACGGCCAGCUCUUUACCUCUCCCGAUUCGACCACUAAUCAGGUUUGCUCGACGUAUCUGGGCCAUGUUUGCCAGGUAAACGGCUUUGGCACGUCUGGCACAUUUAGUCAGAGCGACACCGGCUUCCUGUCAAACUUCCAGGGCAAGAACAUUGCGUCUGCCUCGGCCUAUAGCGUCGUCCAGACCAGCGUUCCAUCGAAUGCGGGCCAGGGCAAGCUGUAGGAGACUUAACUUCUGCUAGCAGAGUCUUCAUCACUAAGGGGGGAACGGCUAGUCAAGGAAUGUGAAUUCUCAAUGGUGGAAGAACUAGUUAGUUACCAAUUGCUAUCGGCUAUUCUUCCCUUUAGGUCUUGCUUGUUUAGUUGAAGCAGGAUAAUCAAUCAACGCGGGGAAGGUCUCCUAGCUGAAAUGUAUAGCAGAGUAGUUGUCUAUUCCGUAAUAUCCCCGUUUCGUUUUGCAAUUUAUUCCUGGCAUGUGGCGUUCCAGCCGGAAACUUGAACGGUAACGGCCAGAGCCUUCGAACUAGUAUAAUGAGGGUACGACGUUUACACUACGCUUAGAAUGGCUUUUUCCAAGAGUCUCUUGGUGCGGAAAAGCCAAGGACUCCGGAUAUAAUAUCAACAUUAAGAACGGCCGAAAUUUGAAACUCGACGGGGUGUAAGAGGCGUUCAAACAAAGCCCUUGAUCUCGGUUG